AUGGCGCACAACCAAAUGUUCCAGUACUCCCUCGCGCUCAGCCUCAUGGACGGCGUCGCGGACAAGGGCCUGCCCAUCUCCGAGUUCCUCAAGCACGGUGACCACGGCCUGGGCACGUUCCGGUACAUGAACGGCGAGAUGAUAGUGGUUGAUGGAGAUGCAUACCAGAUGCUCUCGGACGGCUCUAUCGUGGAUCUCGACCCAGAAGGGGACGCUAUCCACCCCUUUGCCCAGAUAACGCGCUUUAAGCCUGAGAUUAUCACUCAGGCUGCUAUACCCAGCAAGGAGGAGUUGAACGGGAUUGUUAGUGGCCUGGCCCCGGAGUCUAAGAAUCACCUCCUGGCUAUGCGAUUAGACGGCGUCUUCAAGUCCGUGACCGUUAGGACGGCGGCAGGACAAGAACAUCCGCACCAGGGCCUACUUCAGAUCGGCAAAAACCAGGUCUCAUUUACCUUUGAGAACGUCCGGGGUACCCUGAUAGGCUUCCGGCAGCCUCACUAUCUGCAGGGCAUUGGUGUUCACGGGGACCACCUCCAUUUUAUCACGGACGACAGGAAGCGCGGUGGUCACGUUCUGGCCCUGCAGAGUGACGGCGAAGUCGAGGUGAAGGCGGCUCAGAUGUACACGAUGACUCUGGAGCUGCCAAAGGGCGAUGAGGAUUUUGACAAGGCAGACCUGCUGGGAGCUCAUGAAGAUUUAAAAUCGGUGGAGGGUUAA